ACGAAUCAGACGAGAGCUGCAAGUUGGGCGCAACUUUGAAUCCUGUGCUGGUUAACGUCAUUAGACGUUUUCUAAACAUCCUACAGUUUAACCAAGAGCGUGGUUUACUGUUAGUUAAGUUAAUACGACGAGUUUCGGCGGAACAGAUGAUGCUUUUAGAGACUUCUGUCCAAAGCGCAUGGAUGAGGGUAACCGCUUCAGGACGCCAGGGCAACAACUGAAGGAAGAAAGCACGUUUACUCUUUCGUCUAGGUUGCAACUGAGCAGAUACCUCAGGUUUAUGUUGACACGGUCAUCCAUUCUUCUUUAAUCUCAGUGCUUUAAGCUGAUUUAUGUUCGAUCCGCUGCCCACGCGCGCAGUUCAAAGUGCGUCUCGAUGCGCGUAAUUGUUUUGCUCUAUCGGAGUAGCCUAUUUCAGCUCCUGGUGUCCAUCCGAACUGGCUGACAAGUUCAAUUUAACAACAGGACAUCUAAAUAUCUUCAGUUUUCCUGUCACAUCUUAAUAAAUGGGGAACCCGGAUAAUUGUUCUCUAAGGGAUUGUGCUUUCUGUUAAACUCAUACCGCACCACUUGUUUUGAAAUAGCUACAUCUUAAACAAGACCAUGAUGUUUCUGAAUUUGGUUCUUCCACUGAUGUCCAUCGUCUUGAUACGAGAUGUUCAUGGUCAGAUGGUCCAGAUGGACAGCAGUAAGUCAGGAUUUGUGGGCUCACAGGUAGAGCUAAGCUGUCAGUUUGUCAACAGCAACCCACCUGUAAAAAUCUCACAGGUAACCUGGCAGAAGCUUGUCAAUGGCACUAAGCAGAACGUGGCCAUCGCCAAUCCAGCCCUGGGGGUGUCGGUACUGAGCCCCUUCAAAGAGCGUGUGCGUUUCAAGAACCCCGCCGUCCGCCAGCGCACGCCUUCCCUGGAGGACACCACCAUAGUCUUCAGCAAACUAAAACUGUCGGAUGAAUCCACCUACAUCUGCGAGUACACGACCUUCCCAGCUGGCAACAGGGAGAACACGGUUAAUCUCACUGUUUAUGCUCGUCCUAUGAUCCAGAUGAGUCUGUCCACACCCUCCAUAGUGGCGGGAACCAAAGAUCUGAAGAUGACUGUUGCCACGUGUGUUUCUGCCAAUGGGAAGCCACCCAGUGUGAUCACAUGGAAAACUGAUUUAGAUGGAGAAAAUAACACUCAGGAAAUACGCAACCCCGAUGGGACUGUCACAGUGCGCAGUGAUUACUUGGUGGUUCCCAGUCGAGAAAUACACCAACAGCUGCUCACCUGCAUCUCCACAUAUAAUGACGAACAAUACACGGACAGUGUUACGCUCAACAUUCAGUAUGAACCAGAGGUAAUAAUGGAGGGCUUUGAUGGGAACUGGUAUCUGAACAGAGAAAACGUUCAACUCACCUGCUUGGCUGAUGCAAACCCACCCAUCUCUUUGUUUCAGUGGAGAUACUUGAAUGGAACUAUGCCGAGUACAGCAGAGCUUCGUGACGAUGUGCUGAUGUUUAAAGGUCCUGUAACCUAUGACAUCGCUGGCACAUACGUCUGUGAGGCCACCAACAGCAUUGGGACAGGCUCUGCGUCCGUUGAAGUCAUUGUCACAGAAUCCCCUAACUCCACACAUGAGAUGUCUGAGGAGCCACGGCAAAUUUUUGCCAUCAUUGGUGGUGCUGUUUCUUGUGGCACAGUGUUGUUGGCCGCCAUUACACUCCUGGUAGUGUUUUUCUAUCGCCGGAGAAGCAUGUUUAAAGGAGAUUACAGUACCAAGAAGCAAAUCCUUGGAAAUGGUUACAGCAAGCCUGGCAGCGUGCCUUCACACCCCUCAGUACCUCAUAGUCUGACCUUCUCCGAAGACUCAGAUGAAGAGAAGAAGCUGGAACUCUACAGAAGCUCCAAUACAUUAGGAAGAAGCAUUCAGGAGUUCCACAACUGCCAUGACAGCAGGAUGAAGGCCUACCACACGGGACUUAUUGAGGACCAUGAGAGAUGCGGACAUAGCGAGCAGACUUACAUUUACGAUUAUGGAUCUGAGGUGGAGGUCUCAGUGGACAUGAUUCCUCAGAUGGACGGCUCUGUCAUCUCUAAAGAAGAGUGGUAUGUGUAGAACUCAAGACUUUGAGCUUCUCAGCAUAGUCGUUUUAUGAUAUCUUCUCGUUCCUUGCCAUCUCCUUUCAUUUGAAGCAGGCUUUGGGAUUACAGCUGACAAUGGAUUUGAAUCACCUAGAGGACAUUGUUGACAUGAGAAUCCAAACUGAUGAUGGGUGUUUGGAAAUUGACCAAGGAUUGGCCAUAUUGUUGCCUGAUGAAAUUUCUCUGUUUCAAAACCUAGCUAGCUGUUUAGGGCAGCCAUUGUGAUUAUGCAUAAUUAUUUGUAUAAUUAUGCUACCUCUUGAAAUGUCUAAUUUUAGCCAAAUUCUAAAUCAGCAUUACAAUGUACUAUAGAACACUGUCCCAUAAUAAUCUGCGGCGCCUCAGUGGCAAAAAUGAAACUAAGAUCAGAUAAUCUAAGUGUCAUUUAUAAGUUCUUAUGCAAUUGAAAGUUACUUUUCUUAUAAUAGUGAUAUACAUAUUUAAAUGUAAUUAAAUAUUUUACUAAAUGUUUGAGAAUGUUUAUAUAUAGAGUACUGUGGUGUGAGCUUAGCAACAGGCUGCCUAUGUUGGCAUCCCAAACUGAUCACUUUCAAUGUAGUUUAUGAUGUUGAAUCACAAGGUUUUGUCGCAGUGCUGUUAGCUUAGCAACAUGCUAACUUCCAACUUUAUUGAAAUCGAUUGUGAUUUGUGUUCUUCAAUACAGAGCACUUUUUACGUGAUGCAGAGUUUCUGCUUAUGUUGGCAUUGAAUAUCGGUCACUUAGGAUGCUGGUUUAAGGUUUUCUAACAGUGCUGUUUGCUUAGCAGCAAACUGGUCACUUUCAAUGUUGUUUAGGAUGUUGAAUCACAAGGGUUUGUAGCAGUGCUGUUAGCUUAACAACUUAAAUUGCGUUCUCUUGUGCAUAGUGCUUUUUAUGUGACACACAAAUUUCUACCUAUGUUGGCAUCUCCAAUUGGUCACUUUCAAUGUUGUUUAGGAUGUUAAAUUACAAGGGGUUGUAACAGUGGUGUUAGUUUAGCAACUUGCUAACUUCAAACUAUUGAAAUUGUGAUUUACGUUCUGUAGGACAGAGCACUGUUUACAUGACGCACAGUUUUGGCCUAUGUUGGCAUCACAAAUUGGUCUGUUGUUUAUCAUGUUGAAUCACAAGGUUUUGUAACAGUGCUGUUAGCUUAGCAACAUGCUAACUUUAUACUAUUGAAACCGAUUGUAAUUUGCGUUCUUUAGUACAGAGCAGUCUUUACAGAAAUUCAGCCUAUGUUGGCAUCACAAAUCGGUCACUUUCAAUAUUGUUUAGAAUGCUGCCUCAUGAUUCCUAACAGUGCUGUUAGCUUAGCAACAUGCUAACUUCAAACUGUGUUGGAUUCAGCUCUGAGUUGUGUUCUCUCGUUUAGAGUGCUUUUUAUGUGACACACAGAAUUUCUACUUAUGCUGGCAUCCCAAAUGGGUCACUUUUCAGUGUUUAGGAUGAUAAAUCACAAGGUUCUGAAUUGAUUGUAGUUUGCAUUCUUUAGUACAGAGCACUAUUUACAGAAUCUCGACCUAUGCUAGCAUCGCAAAUCGGUCACUUUCAAUGCUGUUUAGGAUGCUGCCUCACAAGGUUUCUAACAGUGUUGUUAGCUUAGCAACAUGCUAACUUCAAACUGUGCUGGAAUCAGCUGUGAAUUGCGUUCUCUUGUGCAGAGUGCUUUUUAUGUGACACACUGAAUUUCUACCUAUGCUGGCAUCCCAAAUUUGUCACUUUCAGUGUUAUUUAGGAUAAUAACCCUGUUGAAAAAAACAAUAGACACCAUCACAAAAUUUUUAAUGGUUUUACUGGUUAUAAUGGGACUUAGUUUUGGUUUUAAUGGAAACUGUAAGGACCCUGUGGGUUUCUGUUGGUAAUUGGUCACCUUCUAUUGGUGGCUUGUUAAAACCACUAAAUCCUAAUGGAAUGUGUCCCAAAACACACUACAGAAAACCAUUUUUAAAUGGUUUUAAUGAUUAUAAGUUGAUGGUUUGUAAUGUUUGUAAUGGUAUUUGUAGUGGAAACCAUUAUAAUUUCUAUGAUGGUUUCUAUUGUUUUUUUAGCAGGGAAAAUCACAAGGUUUUGUAACAGUGCUGUUAGCUUAGCAACAUGCUAACUUCAGACUAUACUGGAAUCAAUUGUGAUUGGUUUCUCCCGUGCAGAGCACUUUUUAUGUCACACCCUAAAUUUCUACCUAUGUUGGCAUCUCAAAUCAGUCACUUUCAGUGUUGUUUACAAUGCUGGCUCACAAGGUUUUGUAGAAUUGCUGUUAGCCUAGUAACAUGCUAACUUAAAACUGUAUUGGAAUCAUUGGAAUUAUUGAAAUUUUGAAUUGCAUUCUCCCGUGCAGUGCUUUUAGUUUAUAAACUGAGUUUCUACCUAUGUUUAUCCCAAAUUGGUCACCUUAAAUGUUGUUUACGAUGUUGAAUAACAAGGUUUUAUAGAAGUGCUGUUAGCUUAGCAACAUUCUAACUUUAAACUCUAUUGAAAUCAAUUGUAAUUUGCGAUCUCUCGUUUAGAGUGCUUUUUAUGUCACACACUGAGUUUCUACCUAUGUUAGCAUCCCAGACUACACUGUAAAAACAAUUUGUUGAGUCAACUUAAAAUAAUUUGUUACCUGGCUGCCUUAAAAUUUUAAGUUCAGUCAACUCAAAAAAAAAGUUUAUUAAAUUAUACUAAGUGACAACUUAGAUAUUUGAGUUGAAUCAACUUCACAUUUUAAGGCAGCUGGGUUACUUACCCAUCUGUUAAGUUUAACAAACAUGAAUAUCUAAGUUGUUACUUAGUACAACUUAACAUUUCAAGUUGACUAAACUUAUUUUAGUUAACUGAACUUAAAAUUUUAAGGCAGCAGGCUAACACAUUAUUUUAAGCUGACUCAACAAAUUGUGUUUUUUAUUUUUUACAGUGUAGUCACUUUCAGUGUCGUAGGAUGUUAAAUCACAAGGUUUUGUAACAAUGUUAGCUUAGCAACAUGCUAACUUCAAACUGUACUGAAAUCAGUUGUGUUGUGUUCUGUGUGGAUUGUUUUUAGAGUAUUGUGCUGUUCACUUAGCAACAUGCUAACUUCAAACUCUGUUGAAACCGAAUUUGAUUUACAUUCCUUAGUACAGAGCACAAUGUACGUGGUACACAGUUUCUGUGAUGGUGCCCAGAUUAGUUAUUUUCCAUUACAUUUACAAAGCUGACAGUAGGUUUUGUAACAGAGUUAACAUCUCUAACAUAAACUAGGUAUUUGCUUGGAAGAGAAUACAUGUCUUGACAGUUCCGUUGUACUGAGAAAGAAUUUCUGCCUCGGGCUAGUGUUUACUCAAGAGCAAUUAAAACUUCACUGUAACCUAUAAGUUGUGAAAGUCUUACACUGUAUAUAAACCUGUAGUUUUGCGCAUGAUUCAUGGAAAUAUUGCCUUGUUUUGUCAGAUAUUGUGUUUUUUGUUUAUUGAAACAGAAAAGUGAAUUUCAGGCUGCUUUAAUCACAGGUUUCAUAAUACAGUACAAUAAACUGCGUUUCCCUGCACUGCAGUAGUCAAAUACUACCUAUAAAGAAUAUGAAUAUAUGUCUAGAUAUAAAUCACACAAAUAAACCGUGGCUGUAGCUUUCAAGAGUCAGUGAUUCACUGCAUGUCUCAGUGGCUGCAAUAAAAUAUGGGUUCUUGUUUGACAUUAUUUAAGAUGAUAUAAAAACAUUGUACUACAAAAGUGCUUUGAAAUGCUAGAUUAUUUCCUUUUUAUGACACUGAGGAACAAACUGGUUGAAUGUUACAUUGGUCUUUUGCAGGUGUUGUACUGUACUUUCAUAUGAUGUGCUGUACAAUUUCUAAUACAUUGUGUUUUGUGCUAAUUUGAGUGUUUUUUCAUUUGUAAGUUUCUUCGAUCAUUUUUACAAUAAUGAUAGAACUUGCCCUGUUGGUUCGGUAUAGUUUGUACAACAUAAUUGUGUUAACGUUGCUUAAUUUAUUCAGGAAACUCUUGAUGUUUUUUUGUGUUCAUUAUGUGUUAAACUUUAUAAUGCUGCCAAGAACAACAUAUUCAGAUAUACAGUGUUUGCUGUAUUUAUUGUGAAACACAAGUGUUAAUAAGUCUUAUGAAUUCUCUGCUGAAAUAAAACGUAUAAAUCAAGUCAGUUAAAAUAGUCAAGAUAAAAUGUAUAUCAUAAAGUCUCCUUUGUCUGAAUAAUGUAUUGCUUCUGAUACAUCAGAAUCAAUAAAUGAAUAAGCACAG